AUGAAGAUCUCAUUCUAUCUUAUCUGUCCUGUCAUGUCCAAUACAUUGUUUUAUAUGCAAAAACCGACGAAUCAGAUUCUUCAUGUGAACCAAACCCAUAAAAACAUCAUCAUCAUCAUCAUCAUCCUCGUCGAACAUGAUCUUUCGACGAGUUCUUGAAUUCCCCGAGCUUCUUUUUAUCAGCUCUGAUCGCUACAUGGUCAUGUUCAUAGCCGGGUUGCUUCUGUUGUUUCUUGUAUACAGAAGAAGAGCCAAAGUCUACUUACUUGAUUUCACUUGUUACCGACCACCUGAUUCCUACCGCCUUCCCAUGUCCACCCUCCUUGAAAACAUCCACUUGGAUAACCGGUUAGACCAAGCAAGCAUGGAUUUCCAAGCCCGGAUCCUCGAAAGAUCGUGGCUGAGCGACCUUGUAAGUGCCCCUCCUUCCAUGACAGAGAUACCCAUCAGGAAAUCUCUCGCCUUUGUCGAAGACGAAGCCAUGACAACGAUCUUCACGGCUGUUGAGGACCUGCUGAAGAAAAGGAAAGUCAGCCCGAGAAGCGUAGAUAUACUGAUAACGAAUUGCAGUAUGUAUUCUCCUACACCAUCUCUAACCGCCAUGGUGAUCAAGAGGUUCCGGAUGAGGAGCAAUAUCAGGAGCUUUAACCUCUCCGGGAUGGGAUGUGGAGCCGGGAUUCUCUCGGUUGCUCUGGCGAACGACUUGUUAAAGGUUCAUCGUGGCUCGUUGGCGCUCAUAGUGAGCACGGAGGCGUUGUGUAUAAACUGGUACAUCGGAAAGGACAGAUCAAUGCUUCUUUCAAAUUGCCUCUUCCGAAUGGGGGCAGCAGCAAUCUUGAUGUCUAGCCGAGAUCAAGACAGAAGGAAUGCAAAGUACGAGCUUAGACACGUUGUUAGGACAAACAGAUCGAAAGAUGACAGAGCUUACAGAUGUGUGUACCAAGACAUAGACUCAGAAAAGAAGGUAGGGGUAGCGAUAACGAAAGAUGUAGUGGAAGUGGCUGGAGAGUUGUUGAAGAUCAAUGUAUCUUCACUAGGACAUAAGGUACUACCGUAUUCUGAGCAAUUGCGUUAUCUGAUACGCCUUCUUUGCAAGAAAGUAAAGAUCUUUAAGGCGAGUUCUUCUUAUACACCAAACUUCAAGACCGCGUUUGAGCAUUUCUGCAUACAUACAGGAGGAAGAGCAGUGAUUCAAGCAAUGGAAAAGAACCUGAACCUGACGAAAGAAGACCUCGAGCCAUCGAAGAUGACACUUUACAGGUUUGGGAAUACGUCAUCAUCUUCCAUCUGGUACGAGCUCGCCUACACGGAAGCAAAAGGAAGGAUGAAGAAAGGUGAUCGGGUCUGGCAGAUCGCCUUUGGCAGUGGAUUCAAGUGUAACAGUGCGGUGUGGAAAUGCAUUCGGACAGUAGAGACCGAGACAGAAAACGUGUGGACAGACAUUAUCGAUUCAUACCCUACAGAAAUUCCCGACACCAAGAAGAUCAGACCGAGUUUGUAGAUCAUUAACACGUUUCCCCAUUUUCAAGACACGAAGUGUAGAUAGAGUGAUCAGAUCGAUAGGAACAAAACGAAGGUAGAAAAUCACUGAGGGUUUCGAGGUUGUGAUACGUAGUUUACAUUUUCAGCUCAUUCCUUAAGCCCUUAUGCAUCUAAUCAAUGACACAAUCACUCCAUUUUUCGUAGAUGUGACAGUAAAUUUUGACAAAAGCCAAACAAGAAAAAGGGGCAAAACAUGAACAAACGCAAU